UGUGAGUUGUUGUUGUAGUCACAAUUCUGAAUGUAUUCAUACACUAAAGCCUUUCCUUCUGGCUCAUUUAAUAUUGAAAACACAUAAACAAUAAAAGUCAACAAUUUUGAACGAUCAUUUCGUUGCAUAACAUUGACCAGAAGUUAUUGCUGGAUAUUCGCAACACCUCUGACCCUGGACACAAACUGCUCGAGUCCCUUCCCUCUAGCAAGAGGCUGCUGUCCAUCAGGACCAAGAGCUCACAUCACAAGAAUAGUUUUUUUCCAGCUGCAGUUGGGUUCAUCAACAAAGCCCAGGGAACUGACCUGGACUCUUACAUUCCCAGGAAAAUUUCCUUCAACACCGUUGUCCAUCUUUUCUUAUAACACAUUAACACAUUUGUCACUUUUAUUGUAUAAUAUACACUUUAAAUUAUUAUUAACCAAUAACAUAGGCUAUAGGCUGAUAUUUACACAACUGGAGUAUUCUCACAAAUGUUUACUUUUUACUCUCACACAAACAUUAUUCAAAUAGCCCUUGUGGUAGAGUAAGUACACCCUUUUUCAGUUUGGCUAUGUUUUUUUCGAGCAAAAGCCUAAGAAGAUGCUGGGGUUACAAAGGUUAAGGACUGUGAACCAUAGAACAGUUUCUUCCCGAGAGCCAUCAGGCUGCUAAAUGGACAUUGACACACUAUCGACACUUUUGCACUCGACACUUUUGCACUCGUCACUUUACAUACACUGUCACUUUCAGCCUUGUACUUACACUUUUUAUUGCACUACCUGCUUUCACUACCUGCUACUCCCAUUUGUCUGUAGUUUAGUUUAUUAUAUGUUACUAUAUGUGUGUUAUAUGUAUAUAUGUUAGUAUUAUGUUCAGAGUACUUAAUGUACAGAGUGUAUGUCAUGUUAUGUUAUAUUAUGUUAUGCUAUGGUAGUUGUUGUGUGGUGCCUUGUCAUAAGAAUUUCAGUGCCCAGUCUGACCCUGUGUCAUUCUGUGCAUCUGACAAUAAAAGACUUGUAACUUGUAUGGAUGGGACACAUGUACCAAGCCAGACUUUGUUGACCGGCUGUGCGACGUCAUAGCUGCAGCCAAUGAGAGAACUGCCUUCAUACUUGUGCCCCGCCCACCUCGACAGAUAAGCCAAUGAGAGGGGAAGAACAGUUUUUAAAUGGACUACACACUCGAUGUAAUCGCAGCGUAGUGGUCUGAUGUUCGUCGUUGCAGAAGCAGGGACUUAAUCAAAGCGAGGAGCCCAUGGGCGCAGGGACAUUAAAUAAAAUCCCCGUCCUCUCAUUUUAUUCUGGGAACUGACAUGGCAAAAGGUAAACUUCCUAAUGUGUUGUCGUUUCCGCAUGUGUUGCAUGUCACACAGUAUGUUUACAGUAUGUUUAGUGAAGCUAACGCUAGCUAGCUCAAAUAGAGAACACACUUUUAAAAUGCAUACUCAAAGUAGUUGUAAUUGUACUCGCCGUCGUGUAGGUGAGACAGUUGUGCUCACAUGUAUGUCUGUUUUUAAAGGGAAGAAAGUUGUGCUGAGAACCGACAAAAAGCCCGAGGACACUGUUGAACAGAAAGUCGCCUCGCGGAAGGAGACAAAGGAAAACAAACCUGCAAGUAACAAGGUUAGUUUUCUUGUUUUAGUUUUAUGCAUUUGUGUUUGAAAAAUACAGAAAGAAACUGACUUGUAUUGUUUGUGGCCACAUUCUGUGUUAACCCACAACCCGAAAGAUGGCGAUACUGCCGCUGGGGUCCUGCCUCCGUGUUACGUUGUGCUAAAAAUAGCCCAGAAUUAAGCCUUGCAGGCAAACCGUACCCCGGUGAUUAACCAAGAGGAAGGUGUCUGUGUAGAAAGAAAGAGCACACACAUGUACACUACCGUUCAAAAGUUUGGGGUCACUUAGAAAUGUCCUUAUUUUUCAAAGAAAAGCAUUGUUUUUUUCAAUGAUGAUAACAUUAAAUUAAUCAGAAAUACACUCUAUACAUUGUUAAUGUGGUAAAUGACUAUUCUAGGUGGAAACGUCUUGUUUUUAAUGAAAUAUCUCCAUAGGUGUAUAGAGGCCCAUUUCCAUCAACUAUCACUCCAGUGUUCUAAUGGUACAUUGUGUUUGCUAAUCGCCUUAGAAGACUAAUAUCUGAUUAGAAAACCCUUCUGUAAUUAUGUUAGCACAGCUGUAAACUGUUUUGCUGAUGAGAGAAGCUAUACAACUGGCCUUCCUUUGCGCUAGUUGAUUAUCUGGAGCAUCACAUUUCAUGUGAAAUUCGCCAGUCUAUUCUUGUUCUUAGAAAUGAAGGCUAUUCCAUGCGAGAAAUUGCAAAGAAACUGAAAAUGUCCUACAACGGUGUGUACUACUCCCUUCAGAGAACAGCACAAACGGGCUCUAACCAGAGCAGAAAGAGAAGUGGGAGGCCCCGGUGCACAACUCAGCAAGAAGACAAGUACAUUAGAGUAUUUAGUUUGAGAAAUAGACGCCUCACAGGUCCUCAACUGGCAGCUUCUUUAAAUGGCACCCGCAAAACGCCAGUGUCAACGUCGACAGUGAAGAGGCGACUCCGGGAUGCUGGCCUUCUAGGCAGAGUGGCAAAGAAAAAGCCAUAUCUGAGACUGGCCAAUAAAAAGAAAAGAUUGGAAUGGGCAAAAGAACACAGGCAUUGGACAGAGGAAGAUUGGAAAAAGGUGUUAUGGACAGAUGAAUCCAAGUUUGAGGUGUUUGGAUCACACAGAAGAACAUUUGUGAGACGCAGAACAGGUGAAAAGAUGCUGGAAGAGCGCCUGACACCAUCUGUCAAGCAUGGUGGAGGUAAUGUGAUGGUCUGGGGCUGCUUUGGUGCUGGUAAAGUGGGAGAUUUGUGCCAGGUCAAAGGGAUUUUAAAUAAGGAAGGCUAUCACUCCAUUUUGCAACGCCAUGCCAUACCCUGUGAGAAGUGCUUGAUUGGAGCCAAUUUCCUCCAACAGGACAAUGACCCAAAGCACACCUCCACAUUGUGCAAGAACUAUUUAGGGAAGAAGCAGGCAGCUGGUAUGCUGUCUGUAAUGGAGUGGCCAGCACAGUCACCAGAUCUCAACCCCAUUGAGCUGUUGUGGGAGCAGCUUGACCGUAUGGUCCGCAAGAAGUGCCCAUCAAGCCAAUCCAACUUGUGGCAGGAUUCUGUAGGUACAGUGCAGUCCAUUUUACAAAGUCUACAGAGUCCAAGAAAACCUAGAUCUCCUUUGAGCGACAAUUCAAGCAUGCUAAUCCAGGAGGGAAAUGAAUCUGAUGCAACGAAUGCACUCUCAUCACAAUGUAAAAAAGACAUACCCAAUGACAUAAAAUCUGAGCGUUGUGAGUCCAAGGAGCAGAAGCCUGAAACCGCUUGUCACGGUCAUGGGAUCAGAAAACAAUCCACUGACCACCUUGAGCCAAAAGAGUCGCCCAUGCACACAAGUGCAAAGUCUGCAGUAGACAACAAAGUUCCAGACAAACCUCGGAGUAGGACUGGUCGCAAACUCGGAGCAAAAAAAACGGAGAGCAAAGCUCCCCAAAACAGAAAGGUCACAGACUAUUAUCCUAUCAGACGAAGUAACAGAAAAACAAAGACAGAGUUAAAGAGUGAAGAACACGGACACAUUGAUGACCUGAUAAAGAAUGACAUUGAAGAGGGAAUGCAGAUCAAAACGAUAGAAGGAAAAGGAAGAGGGAUAUUUGCUUCCAAGAUCUUCAAAAAGGGAGAGUUUGUUGUGGAGUACCAUGGAGACCUACUGGAACUAGCUGAGGCCAAAAUAAGAGAGUCCCACUACAUUCAGGAUCCCCUAAAGGGCUGUUACAUGUACUACUUCCAGUAUCAAUCCAAAACGUACUGUGUGGAUGCUACAGAGGAGACGAGCCGUCUCGGCCGGCUGAUCAACCACAGUAAAACUGGAAACUGUCAAACUCGUCUUCACGCCAUCGAGGGAACGCCUCAUCUCAUCCUGGUGGCUUCCAGAGACAUCGCCGCAGAGGAAGAGCUGCUGUAUGACUACGGGGAUCGAAGUAAAGCCUCAGUCUUGGCUCACCCGUGGCUCAAAUAUUGAAUCCGCGACCACAGGUGUUCAUAAUUCAGAUGAAUUGGUGCUCUCUUCUGUCCGGCUCAGUUUAAUGUAAAAGGAGCUGCAGAUGAACAGUUUACAAAAGGCUUUUUUAAUUAAGUAUAACGCAUUUUAAACGAGUGCGAUCAAUUCAAGAGUGUAUUUUUGCAAGGUUUUUUCUUUUUUAAUCUAAUCGUAGCAGAUUGAUGCUAGUCUGAAAGGUAUUUCUCCAGAUGAGUAGAGUUUCACAUUGUCUAUUGUAAAUUAUUACUUUUGCUGUAAAUUAAGGAAUAAAACACUGAGUUUUCAUUCCAGAAGACGAUAUGGUUAAUGUUGAAAACUAUAGGACAUAUUUAUGGAAUAUGCUUUUCUAAGAUUAUACACACCACUUAUUAAUUGACGGUGUGGAAACGGAUGUAUAGAUAACAUGCAACAGAGGUCCUCGGCUAGAAGGGAGCAUAACAUGUUGUGAAUGAACUUUAAUAUUUAGGCUAGCGGUGCUCCUGGGUGUCAUAUUUAGAUCCAUCUCACGGCACAACUGAAGAUAAAGCUACUUUCUCUAAUUGAGAUGAAAAGACUGGACAAUAAAUUGCUGACAAAAUGUUGUGACUGGCCUUUCAGCUGCUUUUCUGUUGUGCAGACCUACAGUGGCUUCAAGAACAAUGUCAAUAGUACCUUUAGAACUGUGCAACGUUUCGCGUGGACUCGUGGCUUUAUUGGAUUAAAGACACAAUCUUA